AUGCCUCCAAAAUUUAUCGAUAUCGGCAUCAAUUUGACCAGUUCAAUGUUCCAUGGUGUCUACCAUGGAAAACGCGUUCAUGCGGAUGACUUUUCGCAUGUAAUGCAGCGAGCACGACGUGCCGGUGUUGAUAAGAUGAUCAUCACGGCCGGCAAUAUCAAGGAUUGUCAUCGCGCACUUGAGAUCGCCAAGGACGACGAUGAACUAUUCUUCACUGUCGGCUGUCAUCCCACAAGAUGCUCCGAGUUCGAACGGUAUAAGGACGGCCCUGACGCCUACUUCAAUGUUUUGAGGGCCAUGUUUCAAGACCCUGCUACGAAAUCGAAAAUCGUCGCCGUAGGAGAAUGUGGGCUUGAUUACGACCGGCUCUUUCUCUGUCCUAAGGAGACCCAGAUCAAGUACUUUGAACACCAGUUCGAGUUGGCGGAGAUGACCGGUUUACCGAUGUUCCUGCAUGAUAGAAAUACGGCUGGUGACUUUGCCCGUAUGAUUAGCGAGAACCGAAAGAGGUUCAAGGAUGGUGUCGUCCAUUCUUUCACAGGUACAAUGGAGGAACUAAAGUUUUACAUUGACCUGGGCCUGUAUAUCAGCAUCAAUGGAUGCUCAAUGAAGACUGAAGAGAACCUCAAAGUCGCAGCGAGUGUGCCUCUGGAUCGCCUCAUGCUAGAGACCGAUGGACCUUACUGUGAAAUCCGAACUACACAUGCGUCUUUCAAAUAUCUCGAGGCGAUGACUGAGGAACAGCAGGCACUAUACAAACCUCCUGCCAAGAACAAAGAACGCUUCGAGCUUGGGUUGACGGUCAAGAGCAGAAAUGAGCCUUGCGCUAUGGGCCAAGUGUUAACUAUCCUCGCGCAUUUACGCAAUAUGGAUCCCGAUGAGUUGGCGGCAAUUUGCUACAAGAAUACCCUCCGGGUUUUCUUCCCUGAGGAGGCUGAAAACGCCGACUAG